AGUAACUGUAGUUGCCGUUAUUUGGUCUUCAUGAUAAAAUCGUAGCGGGCAUUUUUGGAUGAGAAGAGUUUAUUUCAUUUUAAAGACUAAAGCACGGCACAAAGCUAAGAGAUCAGCUGGAAGAUUGCAAGGUUAUUUUACAUGAAAUUCAAAACUGCUUAACAAGUGGACAGUGUGAUACCUGUAACUCAGCAUUAUGUUUACAAACCAACAAGGAGGUUUUAGCUUCGGCGGUACUUCUAACACUCCAACGACCACAACAGCUUCUGUGCCAGGCUUCAGUUUUGGAGCCCCAUCCACUGCUGCUUCUACGGGGUUUUCCUUUGGAGGAACUGGUGCUGCCACGACAACAUCGGCUGCCAGUGCACCUGCAGGUGGCUUUAACUUCGGUAAUAAAGCAUCAGCAACAACAACAGGUCCGACUCCAAGUUCUACUCCUGGUGGGUUUUCUUUUGGUGGAAAUCGACCGGCUGCCCCAGCAGCCCCCGCCGGAUUUCCAUUUGGUGCUGGAAGUGGCAGUACAGGAUCAUUUGGCUUUGGGGCUGCUGGUGCAGCACCAGCAACAGUGUCAGCAUCAUCCGCGGCAACGGCUAACACCCUGAGUCUUGCACUGGGACAAGCAGCACCAACAACCACAGCAACAGUGUCAGGUACUGUCCCAACUGUUGGUUUUGGAAUGGGGAUUCAAAAUGCAGCUACAUCGGCACCUUCAGCAGGAUUUGGUAUGGGUACUGCAACCACAACAACCACAACAACAACAGCAUCAUCUUUCUCAUCGUUAGGUUUCACAGUGACAUCAACACCUGCUGCAGCACCCACAACAUCGACCCCAGGGUUUGGUCUCGGGAUAGCAGCUAUGUCAACACCCGCCACUACUGGGCUUGCCCAACCUACAGGGUUACCGUUUGGAGCAGCAGCAUCAGUGGGUGGUCUGACACAACCUACUGCUAUUACAUCAACAAUGGCACCAACUGCAGCAACAUCAGGGUUCUCUCUAGAUGGCGGUCUCAAAUCCGGGUUCGCAGCAGCAGCUACCACCACCUCGUCAGUGCCGGUGUCUGCUGGUUUCAGUCUAGGUACUCCAGUAGCCAAGACGACAGCAUCGGGGUUUGGACUCCCGCAGAUUGUAACGUCUUCAGCUGUUUCAGGGUCUGCCACUGGAGCUGUGUCGAGUUCUACCACAGCUCUUGGUAAACAGAUGACGUACCGCCAGCUGGAAGAGUCCAUCAACAAGUGGAUGGCCGAGCUAGAGGAACAGGAGCAGACGUUUCUACAACAGGCAACACAGGUGAACGCCUGGGACAGACUGGUCAUGGAGAACGGGGAAAAGAUAAUCCAGCUGAACAAGGAGGUUGAGCGUGUGAAGAUGGACCAGCAGAAGCUGGACCACGAGUUGGACUUCAUCCACUCGCAGCAGCGUGAGCUCAAGGACCUGCUGUCUCCGCUGGAGAAGGAGCUCGACCAACUGCCGUCCAUCAGCUACCAGCAGCACGCAGACCUCGAGAGAGAACACACGUAUCAGUUGGCAGAAAAUCUUGAUGCUCAGCUGAAACGUAUGGGACAGGAUUUGAAGGAAAUCAUUGAACGGCUUAAUGCAACAAGUGCUACAACAGACCCACAAGAUCCAAUUCAACAGAUUACCAAAAUAUUGAAUGCCCACAUGGAUUCUUUAUUGUGGAUUGACAGAAACACUGUUGCAUUAAAUAGAAAAAUGGAAGAGAUCGGAAAGCAAAUGGAUUCACAGCGUUCAGAACAGGAAAGAAACUUUAGAAUGGCUUACAACUAUAUGAAUAAAUAGCAUCUUGACAGAAGCCUCCAAAUGGUUUAUGACUGUAAAAAGAAUGUUUGUAAAGAAACAUUCAAAUGGUUUAUGACUGAGUAAAUAACGUUUUCAAAGAAAGCUUUGAAUGACCUGCUACUGUGUUGAUAAACAACGUUUUCAAAGAAACUUUUUGAAUGGUUUAUAACGGUCAGUAAGCUAAUUCAGCAAAGACAUCUGAAUAAUUAAUGUUUUCAAAGAAAUCUUUGAUUGACUUACAUCUGUAUCAAUAAACAGAGAUUCCAAAGACAAUCUGUUGGUUUUAAACAACAACUAUGUGAUUAAAUAGUGUAUUGAUUGUGUGAUGCUUAAACUAGAUGCAGCUACUGUAAAUGACAAAUUUCUGUUUGUGGUGAUUUAACAGUCUGCUUGCUCAUUAAACCAAUAAUUCCACUGAUUUCCAAUGUUACUGAAUGGUUUCAAGACAUAAGCAUCGGAAGUGUGGAGCACUAUCUACUUCACCCCCAACUCUGAAUAACUGCCACCCCCUCCAAGUUGCUAAGUGUUGGCAUCUUCCAAAACCUAUUUAAGUAUAAGGGUUGAAUUAAUCACUGACUUAAGUACAAUAGAACAUUUAUUUUCCUCAUGUUUUACUGUAAGAAAUGUAUAAAAAUAUUUGUGAACUUAUUAUUUUGAUGGGUUACUUGUCAAAGCCACUGAUUCUACUUUUUCAGGUACAGACCUUGUUUUCAUUUCAUAUAAAAUUAAUUUUGAGCUACUUUAAAUACAUUGAAUUUGCCAGAAUUUAUAAAAAUAAAAAGUUUAAUUAAUAUGCAAGUCAACGGCACAAAGGCUGUAAUAACUGAACAUUUCACACAGCCUAAAAACUAAGAGUGAACAGUGUUAACGCCAAAUAUUUGUACUUUCACUUUUGCCUUGUGAUCAGUUUGAGAACAUCAUCAGUGUUUGUGCAGUAAACCUAUUAUGGUGUCGGUUUUAUUCACUGAUGUUUUGGUCCCUUGAAUAAUGACAGCAGAACAAUAAUUGUACUAGGAGAUAGUCCAACAGAUGUAAAACUACAACAGAAUUGGUCCUAUGAUCAAUCUCACUUCAAGGGAGCAUUCUACUACUUAGCUACAAGUUGCUUGCACAAACAUCAUCAUUCUAAAAUGACCAUAGCUUGUCUUUAACACCCUUCCCCUUCUCGUCUUUGGAACAACCUCUGGCUAGCCUACAUCAGUUUGUACCCACAACAAGCGUGUUCGAACCUUAAUUGGAUGUAAUCACAUUAAAUUACUAUCCUGAUGUUUCUUUGGUCUCUAGUCUGCUCCUGGGGAAAAAGAAUGCUGGUCAACUUGGCCCCCUACUAACUCAGCUUAGUGUUUGGACAACUCGGCUCAGUGUUUGGACAACUCGCCCCAAAUUUUACUUUCUGUAAAUAAUUAUGAAAAAAUAAAAAAUGAAUGUCUACAA